UGAUGAUUUACAGCAACAUGCUGGAUGUUGCCACCUACCAUAUUUAAUAUAGAGUGUCUGCAUGCAGAGGACAAAACAUCGGGCGCUGGUGUAGGGAACUCAUUCAGGUGGUCUUUCAGCCUCAGAAAGUGUGAUCUCACAGACAGGUUUAACUCAGAAGAAUGGGAGGAUUCAACUUUACCAACAUCUCACAGAACAACAGCUAUAAAUACAGUUGCAACAACUCUGACUGUGAUGUCAUCACACACAACCUGGCGACCACUACACUGACAUGCAUUAUCAUUUCCAUCGGUCUGUGUUUGAUCCCUGUGGCCAUCUAUGCUGUUUGUUCUCUGGUGAGAAAGAAUCAUGUCGCUCCAAUCUACGUCAUCAACCUUCUAAUUUCUGACCUCAUUCAGCUCUGCUGCCUGAUCAUAUGGGUGGAAGAAGAGGAGGGAUCGAUCAUAUAUGAAGUUGGAUCUUUUCUCUAUGAUGUAGGUCUGAUGGCCAGUGUUGGCUUCAUGGUGUGUGUAGCACUGGAAAGGUAUUUGGUCAUUGCCCAUCCACUGUGGUACAGCUUCAGACGAGCCAUCAAGAUCCCUGUGUUGGUCUGUGUUGUGGUCUGGAUCCUUCCUAUUGUCUUUAACAGUCUUAGAUUCUGGAUUCAUUCUGAUACCUAUCUUACAAUUUAUGCCACCUAUCUCCUCCUUCCUCUCCCACUGUUCAUCUUCUUCCUGGGUGGGACCAUCAGAGCUCUGUCUGCCAGUCGUGUCCCCUCUGAUGAAAAACGUAGAAUUGUGGGGAUUUUGGUCCUGGUGCUGCUCAUUUACACGCUGCUGUUCAUGCCCUUUGUCAUUUAUCACCUGUCAGAGCAUGAUGACAGGACACUCUUCAGACGGGCUUAUUUGUUUCUCCAGUUGAGUCCCCUUGCAGACUUAUUUCUAUAUGUUUUCAUGAGGAAAGGGACCAUAGACAAGCUUCUGGCCUCUGUGUGUUGCUGCAGAAUGGACAGUAAUGAUAUCACCAGUCAGUGUGAAGGAUGACAACAUUCACACAGCAUCCUGUGGGCAGAGAAAAAGGGAGGGAGAGAAAGGAGCAGUGCUGCUGUCCAACUCCUGAAGCCUUUUAUCAAUGUAGUGGUUUGUUUUUUGAAGCUAUAUCUAAUGUUCAUCUAUCCAAAGCUGUCUCUCUGUUGCUUUUGCAUUCUUUUUGGGACAAAUGAAAAACUAAACAUAAUAAUAUCUAUGUACACAUGUUCAUCUUUAUUUAAUAUGAGUUCAA